AUGGCCCCGUAGGGCAACAAGGAUGGUUAAUUUUGACUGUGCUAAAUUGUACCAUAAAAUAUCUGCCCUAGUUGGCAGCUAUUUGGACUUUUAUUUCUCCCGUUUUUGAACUGUAGUCACUAAAUGAAGGGGUUCUGGCCUGAGGAGGCCCAUGCAUGCCUUCGAUUGGAUGGGGAGCAAGAACAGUGUCACUGGCGAUCUCGAGACUCGGAGGGAAUGUUGACCAAGGAGCACCGCUGCGGCCGAACGGUGGAGCAGGAACCCGAGCCCAGGCUGAGUUCGAAAAAAGCCGGAUCCGGACGGUGGUUCCGAAACGGCUGUAAGUGGAAGAUGGAGGAGUCGGAGGAACCGGCGGACGCUGGGCAGUCGCUGCCCCCAGUUUACAUUUACAGUCCCGAGUAUGUUAGCGUGUGCGACUCCCUGGCCAAAGUCCCCAAACGGGCCAGUAUGGUACAUUCCUUGAUUGAAGCAUAUGCACUGCAUAAGCAAAUGAGGAUAGUUAAGCCCAAAGUGGCCUCCAUGGAGGAGAUGGCCAGCUUCCAUACUGAUGCCUAUCUGCAGCAUCUCCAGAAGGUCAGCCAAGAUGGAGAUGAUGAUCAUCCAGACUCCAUAGAAUAUGGACUAGGUUAUGACUGCCCAGCCACUGAAGGAAUAUUCGACUAUGCAGCAGCUGUAGGAGGGGCUACAAUCACAGCUGCCCAGUGCCUGAUUGAUGGAAUGUGCAAAGUAGCAAUCAACUGGUCUGGAGGGUGGCAUCAUGCAAAGAAGAAAAUUCCACCUGUGUCAUCUGAGAAAAAUGUACUAAAGAAGCUAAAUCCAGAGAAAUGAGACCUUGCACGUCCAAAGGAAACAAGUGAAUUCAGUUCAUCGUGACCUGUCUAUUCAAUUUAUUCCCUAGCUGAGUUAAUCUUACAGCAAUCUUCAGGGACCUACUCACCACUUUGACUCUUCUGUAGUGCAAAUGCUAGGUUCUGUUUAUAAGCUAUCUAAGAUUCUUGGUGGUAAAUAGAACUGCUUUGCACUUUUUCCAUUAGUUUACCUUGGACUGUAUAAUUAUCCAAAAGGAAAUAUGGUCUGUAGAUUCUAAAAGCGACCUUCUGGCACUUUGCAACGUAAUGAAUUUGUAGUCAGUAUUCUUGAUUCAUUUUCAGGUAAAUAUUACCUUAUUUCUACUCUCCCAAGCCUUCAUUUGUCUUCAACAGUGACUGCUUAUCAUGCCAAAUGGUGUGUAGAGAGUGAGAACUGUGUAGAAUUAUGCUGCUGUCACGUUUAUUUUAUUUCUUGGAUAACAUUUUUGGUUUUGUCACACAGUUAAUGGAUUUGUUUCUUUUAACGAGUAGGGCCUUCUUGAUCUAAUCCUUUUUCACACAUAUUCCUGCAUAAAUUCUAAAUCCAAAGGUGCUAGGUCAGUAGAUAAAUUGGGGUUAUAGAGGAAGAGACCACCACAAAGUCAAUUUGUACAGAUUUGGCCCUGGGUCAUUUACUCGCCUUUGGGGGAUUUUAAAAACUCAUUUAUCCCAAACCCAAAUAACCUGAAAGUUAAAAUGAUUAAAGUUGGUGGGUUAUUAUAGGAGACAUCUGGAUAGAAAAGUUGCUCCUAGAAGGAUCUGUUGGGUUCAUUUUUUAACCAAAAGUUCCUCAAAUCAGAAAAUGGCAAAGGGGAUAGAAGCCACCAUAAAAAGUAGUGAAGUGGUAAAUUGGGAAAGACAAAUAAAGAGGUAGUAUAAAACUGACAAAAUAGACUCAUUUCACAGCAUUACAAAACUGAAAUGGUAAAAGGGAAAGAGACAUGAAAGAGAAGAAGAGAAUAUUAUGAGAAAGAUGAUAAGCAAUAGAUAUUGAGAGAAUGAUAUGAAAAUUGUUUAGUUAAGUGAUUAAGCUUUUGGGCUGAGGAGCCAGAGGCUGUCUAAAUUCAAAUUCAAGAUCAGCCAUUUCCUAACCUUAAGACCUUGGAUGACUUAUUCAGUUCAGUGCCUCAGUCGUGUCUGACUCUGCGGCCCCAUGGACCGCACCACACAGGCCUCCCUGUCCUUCAACAUCUCCCAGAGCUUGCUCAAACUCAUGUCCACUGAAUCAGUAAUGCCAUCCAGCCAUCUCAUCUUCUGUUGUCCCCUUCUCCUCCUGUCUUCAAUCUUUCCCAACAUCGGGGUCUUUCUUGAUAUCAUGAUCCAAGAAUCCCUGAUCUCUGACCUCAUGGACAUGAAAACACCAAAUGCAUAUUAGCAAAUGCAGUUGACUGAGCCCUGUGCUUUUUCUUUAAAAUAGACUCUGUGGUUUACAGUUCACCAGGUCAUGUAAGAAACUAUGUGUUUCUGGUAAAGCAAAAAAAUGACCUAACCUCAAAGCUGUAGAUAUAUUUCUCAAAGUUUUCAGAAAUAUGUAUGUUGAACUUGGUUUGUCUUCCAAAUACAUUUGUGUUGAUGAUGUGAAAGACAAAAUGCACUUGAAGAAAUUAUUUUAUCCAGCUAUUGGAAUAGGGAGAGGAUUGAUUAAUGAGUAAUAUAUUAAAGGAAAGGAAAGAGGCCUGGCAUUAUAAAGGCAGGUAAAUAAGGGGGUCAUGUGCAAGUCUUACAGGAAUCAUUGGGAAAGCUGGAGAUGGGUUUUAUCUCAACAAUAUGCCAGGGUAGGAUGGUCACUUGCAGUUCGCCUUUUCCUGGAAAAAAAAAAAAAAUGAUAGGGAUGGGAGUUCUUAACUAUCACCACUUUCUGGGGAGAACAGGGCUCAGAUAAACUUCAACAUCGUAAUUUCCUCCUUUUGGUUAAAACAAAUAUCAUCCAUCACUGAAUAAUUCAGAGGCCACCAGAUAGUGAUAAAUCAUAAGCCACCAGAGUAGGGUGAACAGGCAUCUAAGAAAUAGUCUCAUGAGGAGUCUUGGUGUUAUUCCUAUAAAUCCACUGGUUGAGAGGUGGUGGUAAAAAUCAGUUGUUUUAGGGGCUUGGAGAUCAGGCAUC